GCAUGCGCAAUCAUCGCGCCAAACUGCCGUUAGGAGACGAAGGCACUUCCUCCUCCCGCCAGUUUUUCACCAUGGAUGGACUCGACGAGGUUGCGAUUUCCACUCUUAAAGCUGCUAACAUUGGAGAAGACAUUUUACCAACUCUCUCACGGGAGGAUAUCCGAGAUCUCUUUCCUGGUCCUGAGCACUUCCUGCGGCGCAAAGCCAUUUGGCUUUUGACUCAUAAGGAAGAACAGGGACACACCAUUCCUGUUGAAGUCCAAGGUUCAUCAGCAGACGACGAACAAACUGACAGUUCAAAACAAGAUGACCCCAGCACUUCAAAGUUUUUAAAGUUACCCAGCCCAGAAUAUGUUCUCUUCACUGACAGUGAACUACAACACAUGAGACGCACAUACUUUGAACAGCAGCGUCUUUGAAAAGAGGGUGACGUCACCUUAUCGAAGGAGCUGUUCUGCCGGCUCAUCCGAAAUACCAUGACAAACAUGAUAUCAAUUGCAAGAGCGUCUUCAGAUGACUACAAAUAUCCCACUAAAUAUGAAGUUAUUGCCAUGGCAAAACGGUUAGUGGAAUACUACCCUAUGAUAAAAGAUAAGUCAACUGGAUCUAGGCAUGAGUGGGACACUGUUGCCAAAAAGCUCCUGAAGCGACUUUCAAAUAUCCGAAGUCCCGUGAAGGCCAAACAGCCUCCUUCCAAAAGAGCACGUCAGGACAGAGAACCUUCUGCAGUGGCAAGUGACUAUGACGCUGAUUCCAGUGCGUCAACAGUCAAUCUGUCACCACCUUCAAGAUCAAGCACCCCACGGCAAGAAAAUGACAGCAUCGAUGAAGCAUCUGAUGGUCCAGACAACAACCUUGACAGCCAGAAAACCCAGGCAAGACAUUACAGGACUCUGCAAGAAAUGUACAAAGCAAAGAAGCCCAACAAAGCUGCUGUAACCCAUCUAUUAGACCUGGAGUUCCAGUCCAGAAGAAAUUUCAUUGACUCGAAUGCUUUGAAGGAGCAAGACAAACCAACAAAAAUUUUGCAAGCAUACCCCUGCUUCAAAGAACUGGACCAUGCAAUGGAUGAACUGCGGAGAAUCAUUGAGCCAGACAAUUGCCAAUACAUUUCUGAGGUGAAGGGCAGGUGGGAGAACUUCUACUCCAAGGUUCAGUUUUAUGGAGUGAUGAAGAAAGUCAUGAAGCCUCCAAGGACAUUAAAUGGAGUUGAACAUGCCAUUGCUGUUUUUACUGCCCUGCCGCUGCUCUUCCCAUCUGGCUCUACAGCACCGAAGAAACAGGUCCCAAUCAGUGAGGCUCUUUUUCACGUUCUGACGCCUUCAGAGGAUCCGGAUACCUACAUCCACAGGCGCGCAUUUUCCACUCCUGUCUUGCUGGUUGGUGAGGAGAACUGCAUGGUGGUUAUAGGUACAACCCCAGUUCUAACAUUCGACAAAGACUUGCUCCAUGAGGGGCCUCUCUACCUCCUGGCCUAUUAUUAUGCAUUCCAUCUCACAUAUCCAAAGUGUCUUGCAACACUUGUUGUCUGUGUUGCAAACACAAGUUCUGAGAGAUGCCAUCCACGAGCAGGAUGCAACCCCCUCAUACAAAAAGGCCAUUCAAGAAUGGAGAAUGUUUGUUGACUAAUUACGGUUUCAAACCUGUUGUAUGUCUGAGGCUGUGAGACAGCUGCAGUGUUUUGUUUUGUUUUUUGUUUUCUUCCAUUUGCGCUUGAUUAGUGCUGUUAGUUUUUUCCUCAUUUUCAGUAGUGUUUCAUGUCUCUGACAUACUCAAAUGUAUUGCAUUAUUGUAAGUUACAAACAGUAAUUACGGGACUACUGUUUGAGGUUACAGUGUUGUUCUGUGCCAGUGUUUUUUUUUUUUUUGUUUUUUUUUUAAGAAAGUUUUAGUUAGUCAGUCUUGGUUUUGGACUGUUCGUCCUAUUUUGCUAUACCCCAGUUGUUUAAGAGGAAAAUGUUCAUUUGUGAAUCUGCCAUACAUUAAAGGCAUAGUUGACCAAAAAUGAAAAUCGUCCUCAUUUACUCACCCUUAUGUUGUUUCAAACUUGUUUGAGUUUAUUUGUUUUGUUGACUACAGAAGAUGAUAUUUUGGAGAAUGUUGGCAACAGUUGAUGGUAGCCAUUGACUUUCACAGUAUUUUUUUUUUUCAUGCUAUGGAAGUUGCAUAGCAUUCUCCAAAAUAUCAUCUUCUGUACUCAACAGAACAAAGAAACUCAUACAGGAUUAAAAGAACAUAAAUAUUUUGAGUAUGAAUUUUCAUGUUUGGAUCACUAUCUUUUUAAUGCAGUACAUUGAUUCAGCAAUUGCUGUUUGAAGCUUAAACUACUGCCGUUUGAGGUUGUGUAUGCAGAUAGACUGAGGCAUAGUUUUUUUUUUGCGCAGAUCAUUUGCUGUAAAUCUGUGCCAAAUAUUUUUUAAUUUUUUUGUAAAAAUGUAAGUUAGCCUUGGAAUCAGUUUAUCCUGCUUUUAUAUGCUCCAUUUGUUUAAAAGGCCAAACUUUGGAGAAUGUUCUUUAAUAAAUGUUCAGCAAAGCUGAGUAAGUUCUUUUUUCUUCAUUUAAAGUGGGGAGGUAAGGGGGAUGUUUAUUUUGAGACUUUUCAUCUCAUUUUAGGUUUUUGUGUGAUCUUAAAAAAAAAAAAAAAAAAUCGAAAUAAGCUGGAUUUAAGGUUAAAUAUUCUAAUUUUAAUGCAAUUUUUUCCUAAAAUUAUUAUUAUUCAGUGCUUAUAAAAAGAGAAAACUGCUACGUUUUAAGCAUGUUUGUCUAGUUUUAAGACCCAAUAGUAUUUUUAGUGACUAGAUUUAAGUUCAAAUAUUCUAGUUUUAAUGCAGUUUUCACUAACUUAUUUAUUAUUCAAUUCUUAUAAAAAGCUAAAAAGUCUGGUUUUAAGAAUUUGUAUCUAGUUUUAAGAUCCAGUAGCAUUUAUUAUUGACUAGAUAUUUAUGCUACUUUCAAGAAUUCUUACCAAGUCGGUUUUGCUUACCCCAUUGGCAGAUUUUUUUGCUUGAUUUUGGUACACUUUAACUAGAUUCAAGUGCA